UCUUUAUAUUCAUAUAAAUAACUUGUGUAUUAUAUAUAUAUUUAAAAAAAAAUUUUGGUUCAUUUCAUUAUAGCACCACUCUCGAGAAAUCUCACUGUACAAAAUAAAAAACAAAAAAGAACAAGAAGCAAGUUGUAGAGUUGUUUGUUUUAAAUUAACAUUUACAAAGUUAUGGAACAUUUGUAAAAAUUUUGAAAGGAAAAAAAAGGCACUUGUUGAUUCUUUGAUAUAUAAAAAAUACGAAGGCGAUUGUGUAAUAUCGCCCAAGAAACAAAACGUUCGCAGGGAGACCACUGGACCAUAAAACGGCGGAAUGGAGGAGCGAAAAUAAAACAACUUUUACUCGCACAUAUUAUAUAUCAGGCGAGCGUUUGUUUAUUCUAUUUGUCAGAUGCGCUUGUUGAUAUUGUGCGCACGCAUUCCUUAGGGAGACCGCUUAACUCUAUAGUAGUUAUCAAAAGUCCUGGACCCGCCUCUUGGUCCGAGACGGUGAACAGCGGCUGGAGGUGACGAGUUUGACGAGGAGGAUGGUAAUGGCGACGAGGUGAAUAACGGACGGUUCGUUGUUGCCUCUGAAGAACUAUAGCUGAACUUUCUUCUCGUUUCUUUCUCCGAAGAAAUGUCGACUUCAGCACGUUCUUUAACGGAGGUAUUGCCACUGCUAUCCACUAAACAAACAUUCCGCCUUAAAGAUGGUGGAAACUCGCCCGUAUCUGCGGGGGGUUUUAUUCUAAAGGGUCUGGAGUAAAUGGGUUGUUGAUCAGAAUUAUGAUUUGAACCAUUCCUGCUGGGUGGUAAAAUAUUGAUAUCUACAUUAUCCGCACUUUGAUAAUGAGUAAUUGGGUCGUAGAAAAACGGUGAUGGUGAUCUUCUAACUGUUGACGGUUUAAAAAACCGAUUUCGCCCAAGUUUUCUUUUAUAACGUUUCUUUUGGCGGCUAAGACGGAUGAGAAGGGUUAAGAGGAGAACUAUGAUGGCAGCAAAUAAAGCAAGGAUAACGUAAAGGAUUAACCUUUCUUUAUUGUCUGUUGAGUUGAAAAAUGAGAAAAUAAUUAGUAACUUUUUAAGUCCUAUUCAGUUCUUUUAUCUACUUUCUACUUACCUCCAACGGUUACGUAAUUGGAGAACUCUCGUACGUCGGAGAGCAUUUUAAUUAAAUUCGGGCGUUAGUAGGUGUAUACCUUUUUUAAGCGUGUGUAUGUGUACCGUGUCUGAGUCUGUGUCUGUGUGUGAGUGUGUGUGUAUGUGGGUGUGUGUAUAUAUAUAUAUACAUAUGAGUGAGUGAGCGUGAGCACACUUGCAUGCCCUAAUGAAUAUUCAUGUAUAAAAGUAUAUACGUUUAUAUGCGUAUGCACGUGAACUUUAGUGGUCCGUCUAUCUCAAAAUAUAUAGCAACAAUGGCGCUCUAUGUCUUGUUUACUCACCUUCCAAAAAUCGCACAGUAUCUAACCAAUCGGCCACAAAUCCCAUGUACGGAUGCAAUGUGGAAUUUGCCAUAAUACGUCCGACUGGCAUAACAGGGCGGCCUGAACUUUCUUUUCUGUGUCCUUUAUUCCUAAAGGAAGCCGCCCUUGCCAAUAGUCUUGUUUUUCUUCGGACCUUCUCUCUAUCUAAUCCUUUCCCUUCUUUCUUUCUCUCUCUGUCUCUCACUCUACCAGUAUACACACUAGCUAGCGCUACAGUCCCUUUAAAAAAAGAAGAGUAGCGAUUGCCGCGCCACCUCAACCUCAAAUAAACUUGGCAGAGAAAUUGGAAAAUCUGCGAAUCAUACUUUUCCCGCCUUUAGCCGGUAGUUUCGGGAAAAUAUGUACUAAACGUACUAAAGAAAGAAAAAUAUCCAUUCGUAUCAUAUAAAGUAUAAAUCUGCAGCUGAUUUCCAGACCAAGUAUAUUCCGACAAGGCCCGCCGGCAUGUUUAUAGCACGCAGUUAAACGUGUAUAAAAGUGGGGAUAUACGAGCGGAAUAGUUAAUUGAUUCGCCUUUUUUUCCUACCGAUCCUUUUUUAACAGCUUGUACUAUUUUUAUAUAAAUAUCAUAUAAAAUAUUAUAAAGAACCGGCCUAACUUUGCUUUGCAUUACAGGCUCUGUGCCAAAAUAUCAACAAGGAAAAAAGUAUGCACUUGGGCCUAUGGUCGCCAUUUCUGCUAAUCGUUCUAGCGUUUUUAAGAACCUAUUAAGAGGAACCGUGGUGCGACACUUGAUAACGAUUGCCAGUAGGAAAAGGCGGGCACUUUGCCAAGUGGAAGAACAAAGAAAAAAGGCGGCAAAGGAACGAAUAAUCUGCAGAUGGCGCGAUCGUUGUUUGUUGUAGCCGAAGACGGGGUUAGCUGCCCUGUUGAACAAUGAACGCUACGCGAUUCGAUUUACAACUUAUCUUUUUUGAGAUAAAGGGAAAGUAAUGACAACCAGAUGUACCACGAAUGAUCAUUCAGCAUCGACGCAAAGACCUGUUAGGAGAGAUCAAGUUCUGGCUAAUCAACCACCCAUUACUAGGGCUAGAUAUUUGAAUAUUAUGGAGUCUUCACGUCCUGGCAGGAGAACAACUGCCCGAUCUGCAAGUGAGAAUCAAUCAAGAGUUAGAAUAGCUUCAAAUUCGACAAGUCGACGAGAACGAAAUGGAGAAUCGACAAAUCGUGUCACCGCUAGGCAACAAUCAGACAAUCCUGUUAUCCUUGACGUUCAAAUAGCUCAAAGUUCUCUGGAAAGGCAUCAGCACAUCCUUAGAGACGCCAUCUUACAAAAUACUCUCAGUGUUUCCGUUACCCCUAGUCCCGCAUCGAACUCGGUUGUUCCGAAUUUAGCCAAUACUUCCGUCAACAUUAAUCAAACGACUGUCACCGAACCGACAGAUACUUUGCCAGAUAUUAUAAGUUCUAACUCCAUGCGACGACCAUCAAUAUCAAUUGUCCAUUCGUCGAGGACCGAUGAUAAUCAGAACUUAGAGCGAGAUUGCUCGGAAUGCUGCUUCUCAUGUGUUACACUGGCAACUAGUCUGCGUUGGGUUUUAAUAGGUUUGGCAAUGUUUGGUGUUUGUUGUGUGGCGGCGGGAAUUGUCCUAGGAAGUCUUCAUGUGACUCUAAAGGAACAAAGUUUUCUAACACUAUCUCUAAUGUUUAUAGGCCUAGGAAUAUUAUUGGUUAUUAUUGUUGGUUUUGGUUGGAGGUGUUCAACAAAUAGAGAAGAGCCUUGCCACGCGCUAUUCGGAUUAGGGGAUUAUGCAACCCCUGGUGGUCGCAGACGAAGGAUGACCAGUAGGCCUGAAAGAAAUCGUGGAGGCGGUAGUUUGCCCUCUAGGAGGCCUCAUUUAGCACCGCCUACAUACGAACAAUCCCAGCUAGAUCACAUAGUUACUCAGAUCCGCCUAGGGCAAACAGACCAAAGUCUCCCGUCGACGGCUCCACCUAGCUAUAGGUCUAGAGUUUCGACUAGGCCACAAAUAGUCACCAAUCGAUCGAAUCCACCCAGUUAUAGGUCAAGACAAAGUACAAUUGAACGACCUUCCAUCUUUACGACGACAACUGAUGAGGCCCUUCGUCAGUUAGAUGUUGUUAUCGCAAGUCACGGCGUGCCAGAUACGGCUUUGUAAAUAAAAGGCCGAAAUAACAGCAUUUUAUUUUAUGAUUUACAUAAUCUCUCUUCUUCCAAGUUUUAUAUGCAUAGAUCAUAUAUUCAGUAUUAUUUUCAGUUUUUUUUUCUCUGUUUUAAACCUUAGUUCAAUAAAAUAACAACAGAUGGCGCUUUAACAAAAGAACGACAUCUGUUGAAAAAGUUCCUAUACUCAUAUAACGUAGUCAAGUUUGUAGAUUGUACAUAAAGAGAGCGGCGUCGCGCUUCUUACUCUUUCAACUUUCCUUCUCGAGUGACGUCCGUCUAAUAAGCAUAAUGGAAUUGAGUGGGUGACGAGUGUUUGCGUCGGCUUCCUAUGUCUAUAUUGUCUAUGUACGACUAUUAUAUAUUAGAUGCAUUAUCCACUGUUCAAAGGGAUAUACUGAGGAUAUAUAAAUAUAUGUAUAGAUAUAUAUAUAUAUAAGCA